AUGGCCUCCAUGGAAUUCAAUUACUUUCCCACCGAGGUUCUGAUGCUGAUUGCUGACUAUGUAUACGACCUCGCCACUUACAUGGAGGAUGCCAGCAAUCGCGUUGAACUUAAGCAAGCGGCGGAACUGCAGAGACAAAACACUCUGUACAACUUUUGUCUUGUGAGCCACCAAUGGUACUCAGUAGGAGUCGAGCUUCUCUAUCGCAAACCUAGCAUCUCCAACGGCAACAGGUUUUUGAAGUUCACUCAGUCUGUGUGUCCACCUAUCAAAACAAAAAACAAGACCAAGUCCGACAGGGGCUCAAUGAUACAGGUGUUGGACCUGGGUCGACUGGUUCACCAAAGCUCGAACAGUGUUACUGCACGACUGCUCAGCAAGGCUAGCGAAAACAUGGUUAGCCUUACAGCACCCCGGGUCUCGUUUUCUUUGAAUGGUCUAGCAGCCCUUGCGAAGUGCCAGAAGCUUCACAAUCUGGAUCUUAGCCGAGUGGGUGAUUCUUCGCUGAGUUUCCCACAGCUCAAGAAGGCUAUUAGCAAACUCACGAAUCUCCGCAAACUUUCACUUCCGAUUUACAUACCAUUGACCCGAACUCUGCCCACCACUGGUGAAUGGCCUACUCGUCUCCUUGGUCUGACAAUCGGUGGGCACAUCGACCCCGAUUUAAUGAAAGGUUUUGAUUGGCCACCUAACCUGAUGGAGCUAUACUUGUCGAAUUGCAGAAACGUGGACGUCACGCUUCUCCAUAAUAUUUUAUCGAAUGUCGGUUUUCAAGAAAGUUUGGAGCUUUUCGCCGUCAAACCGAAUUGCAAAACCGAUGGACUGUUCUACAAUGAAGGCACAGGUGUCUUAGACGAUCUGUACGCCCUUGAGAAUCUCGAAAUCCCUGCAAAUCUGAUCAGGUCUCUUCUACUGAUGGAGAACGAAAUUUUUACAGCCUUCUCGUUCAAGACUUUAUGGUUGACUGAACCUGAGGGUGGUGUUUACCCUAACGACCAGGACGGUGUUGUACCUGGGGACUCGCCCUUCGUUGAGGAUUUCAUCGAAUCCCUCAAAAAGGGCCCUCUUAGCGAACUUUGGGAACUCGCCGCCCCAUAUUCGUUCCUUGAGCAUUAUGGCCUGGAUCCAGAUAUGCUCGAUGAAAUCGUGUCAAGUCAUCUUGACGACGUUGAGGAUGCUGAACUUGACGAGUGGGGAACGGACUUUGGAUUCCAAGUCUUAGGCUGA